AUGGAGUCCACCAACAACGAUAAACCGGGUGACCCAUCACCGCCUCCAUCCUCAUCAAUCACGUCAUCCAAUGCCUCUUUAGCAAGAAGAGAAUCGACAAUGACCCACCCGCAUGCUUCUCCAGCUUCCGAUCCCUCCGUACAAUCGAGCCCGAUUUCAACGAGUCCACCUACCACCUCCAACACACCUUCAUCGUCCACCUCCACCAAAGUGCGUAGUGUGCCAAUACCACAACCACUCCUUUUGAAAAGACGCACCAGCCGAUCAUCUUUCUCGUCAUCGUGUGAAGAUUCCAAUGAGCAACCAGCAACGACUGCAACCACCAGUAGAAAGCAACAACGUUCUUCAUUUCAAAUAACACCUUCUACAAUGCAUCCAUCACCGACAGGCAGUGAAGCUUCUUCUCAACAACAGCAACAACAUCAACACCAACAGAGUACACUUGCACGCAAGGUUCCUAUGGAAGCUGGAUAUAGCAGUAGCCCUGGCAGUGAAACAGAACCCUUUACCGCAGCACAUUUAAGCGCGUCUUCUUCACAUCAAAGUUGUCCUCGAUCACCAAAGCAACUUCAAUCGAGUGGAGCCUAUUCGCCAAGAUAUGCAAGUCCUCCUGCUGGAAGUGGUGGAAAAUACAUGGUCAAAUCAAAGCGUGCCAGUUGGAUUGAUGGUAGCGCUGCCAGUAGUAGUGGAUCAACAUCACAACAACAACACCCAGCUGUCAACCCAGAUGGUACGAUUCCGCCAUCACCCUCCACACCCAUCACUGAAAGUUUACGAUUAGCCAAAAGCAGAAAGGGAUCCAUGGUCGAUGGGUUAAAUAUCACAUCAUCAGCUUCAUCACCUGUUGGGUCACCAAAAAUGAUGAUGAUUCCUAAACGUACUAGUACAGCAGCAGCAGCAGCAGCAGUGGAUCACCAUGAACAGCAACAACCUGAUAUACCACCAAUGACUCGUCCUUCAAUAUUGGCUCACAAAUCAGGAUCCAUAUCGAAAUUACGUGAAGCAAGGAUCGAUCAUUUGACUACACCUACUUCAUCAGCAUCAUCAUCAUACACGGAUCAAUCGUUUAUGCGACCACCACCUAAACGAUCAUCAUUCAUUGAUAACAACAUUGGAGACACUGAUGACAUGGCUUCUACGACUUCAACGGAUACGCACAGCAUCUCAUCACUUCAAUGGUAUGGAUCCAAGCGACAAAGUAAUACUAGUCAGCAGCCUGGUGUGCCCUAUCAUGAGCGACGAGCAUCUUCCAUUUCAUCAGUGGUCACGGAUUCAAGCAUGUUGACGGAUGAAUAUUAUUCACCUGCAUCGUCACCACGAUUAUUCCAAUCGCCUCGAGGAGGAAGUCCAACUACUCAUUUGGAACGAGGCAAAAUGUCAGCAGCAACACGAUAUGAAACCAAUUCUGGAUCAUCAUCACCAUCCAAUCCAUCAGCAUCAGCGAGCUAUACUGCACAUGGAUCAUCACAACGUGCGAGUCGAAGAUCGUCUAUGAACAUGUUGAAAAACAUGUCCAACUCUGAAUUGGCUGGUAUUGUCAGUGGUGCUUUACCGAAUCCAGUGGCCGAUACCCCACCUACAGCAUCUUCUUCAUCUUCAGCAGCACCACCACAGCCACCACCAUUGACCAUUCCAGUGGGAUCCAAUGCAUCAACGGGUACGAGUAGUGCAUCACCUGAAGCGAUCAAGAAUGUCAACACAGCGGGUAUUUCAGCCUAUCAACAUUCCUUGCAUUCAUUAUUACGACGACAAUUCUCGAACAAACGAAUGACCAAUCGACGAUCCAUGUCAUCUUCGGUAGAUACGCCACCUGAUGGAAGUGGACGAUUGACAAGUAGCAAUCCUGAAGCUGAUAAGGAUGUGGUGGAGAUCAAUCUUGACAGCGAUGAUACCCGUUCCACCGCUGGGACAGCUGCAGAUGGCGAAUCACAUGAUGGUACCUUCGAUAGUCAUCAUCAUGAUCAUCAUCACCUUCAGACACCUAUCUACCCGGCUAUGCUUUUGAAUGCGACACAAAGUGGCUAUGAUUUUGAUGCUGAGCAUGAUCGACUUUCGUGUCAUCCACUCGCCGUCAAUGCAAGUACAUCAGCACCUGAAUUGUCUCGAUGGGAACAGGAUGAAGAUAGUGAUUAUUUUAUCCAAUGUGAAGAAUCCCCUUCAACAUGCGGUCAAUCACUCUUUGAAACGGAUGAGGCAUAUGGAGAACGUCUUUAUUUGUCACGCACAGCCAAGUUGAAACGAUGGUGCUCGUUCCGGUCCAAAGAAAGUGAUCAUCACCAUUUACGAUCAUCACCACGCCCUAUGGCUCAAUUAUCAAGAGUCAAAGAACAGGAUCGUCCUCAUAUGCCAAAGAUCUUGGUGACCAGUGAAGAAAUCGAUCAAGAUGCUGAUGGAGAAGCUUUACAUGAAAACGACAAGUUGAGGAUUGUGAAUGAUAUUCCAUGGGUGGAUUGGCUUGAAGAAUAUCGGGUGAUCAAAGAUGCUGAAAUGGAAAGACGACGAUCCACAGGCUCACAACCCGAAAAAGAGACACCCCAUCAUCAUCAUCAUCAUCGAUCGGUGACUCAAAGGCUGGCAGAAUGGUGGCAUAUUGUCAAGUCUUCAGCAGAAGGAUACACCACAUCUCAUCAUGUUCCUCAUGUACGUCGACAUAGUGAUAUGCAUUGGGGAUUCUCAAAAAUGGAACAUCAUCGCCGAUCGAGUUUAUCUUUGGAAAAGGAUCAUUCUAUUGAAUCAUCGACCAUGUUUGAGAAGCCUAAGCUACGACGUUGUCUCACUUCACCCACUGAAAAUGAUUUGAGUGCCGAAGCACAUAAAGUGGCAGCAACACAACAAGCAGCACCACCACCACCACCACCAUCAUCCACAUCAACAUCACGUGACCAGGACAUGGAAUCACCAAUCGCUGCUGAUUAUCCAGAUGUCAAGUCUGCCACAACACCUCGAAUUUCACCGAGAAAAACAGCUUCACAUACAACAUCACACGUUGCUGGUUAUCGAUUCAAUAAUCCUGUGGGUCAACGAUCAGGUUUAUUUGGACGACUUGGAAAAAUAUUUGGCAUCAACAGUGAAAGCGAUGAUCGGCAUUCGUCUUUACGUGUACAAAACACCAUUCGAUCUCGUUUACAGAAUGCCAAAGAUCAAUGUGACUUGACAAUGCGAAGUAUCAUUGAUGAUUUGAAUGAAUACGUCGAGCGUGGUUUGCAAUACGUCGAGGACAUGGAUGAGAUUCUCGAACGAGGCGUUCAAGACAUGAGCAGUGGUGAAGAAAACGUGAGCGAUACGGAUACCGAAUAUGGGACUGUUGUCAACGAUGCUGCUGCCACCACGCCUACUACAGCUACCCCAGUGGAUAUGCAUUACAAUCAAACAACGAAUACCGCACAACAAAGGCGAUCACGUACGUUGCCCACAGCAUUGCAAGAUAUCCAGGAACAAGAAGAGACCGAUGAUCACCCUCCACCUCCUCCAGUUGACGAUGGUCAUUAUGCUGAAGAUGCUUCUUCUCAAGUCAACAACAUGGUUACUCUUAUCAGCGAGGAUUCAUAUCUGCCAACUCCUUUCAUCUUAACGCUUCAAGAUCUCAUUGCUCUUGCACAAAGUGUCAUGGAUACCCCAUUGGAUGUUUUUCUUGAAUACAGUGGAUCAUGUGCUGAGCUUGUUUCCAAGAUCCAAAUGAUUGGUACAGCAUGGGAUCAGCAUCCUGAAUGGCCUUGUCGUGAAUGGUAUGUCAAGUUGCUAUUGAGCGUGGCUGCAUUGAAUCGUGUGCUUGAUUGGUGGGAAGCCGAGCGUGCAUUUUGGGCGGCAGGUCAACAAUCAUCACCUGCUAUACGACCAGCAAGCGAUGUUGAUACAGGAACAACAACCGAUUUGGAAUCGAUGACGGAAGGGGAUUCAUCCACAGGCUAUGAGCGACAACGAUUCCCAACCAAUAGUAGCAGUGAAGUGGGAUCAGCCAUUCCCUCUCGAUUACUUGCUAGUGGAGAUGAAACGACUUCUAUAUCUUCUGGCGAUGAUGGGGAACGUAUGGAGAUCAUGGAUGAUAAUGCCGAUAUGCAAGAAGCGGAAGGUGCGAAUAGUACGAUUAUCAUGGAAUUGAGCUUGGGCACUGCAGCUGUGCAAUACGUCAGCCCUGUAUGGUUGGAUGUCAUUGGAACCAAAGAUGCUCAAUCUGUGAUGGGAUCCAAUGUUUCCAAAUUUCUGGCACAAGAAGAUCAGCGUGUAUUCACCGAAGCUACCGAAGAAUUGCUUGCUGAUGAUUCACGUACGGUGGAAGUACGAUUCAACAUGAUGACCUCAGAUGACGAUGUUACCGAAAUGGAAGGCAAGGGGAUGUUGAUGUACAAUCGUGUCACGUAUGAACCAAGUCAUACCAUGUGGGUCAUCAAGCCUGUAAGCUCACGCCGUUGGUCCUUGAUUGAACGCAUGCAACCAUCCACGUCUACGUUGUCAUCCAAGUAUGAUCAACAAUCGGUGAAUGACGAUGAGAAAGGUGCACAGGCCAUUAUGCGUAAUCGAUCCAUGUCGGAACCUAAUUUGGAGCCAGCUACUGCCGAUGACACAGCAAUGGAGAUUGAAGAGGAGAACAAUGAGGAAGAGGAUCAACAAGGAACCAUUUCUCGUGAAGCACUCAUGUCACUUCCUCCAGUAUUGUGUCACGUAUGCGAGAGAUGGGUGGUGGCAGCAUUCUUUGAACAGCAUUCGGAGCUGUGUAUCGAGAUUCAUCGCACCGAAAUGGAAGUCAAUAUAUGCAACGACAAUUUGCGUGAUCUGCGAUCCCAUGUGUUGGAGGUUUCUGAGAAUACAAAGAAUGAUAUCGCCGGCUUGUUGGAGGGAAAGGCAGCACCUGAAAGUGACACUGGAUCCAUCAAACAAGAGACUUCAGAUCAAGAUUCAAUUUAUGGAGCUGAUUCACUUCCCAUUGAACAAGGACCUACCCCUCUUGAAGAAAAGAGAGCCGAAUUGGAGAUUUAUACCGAUUUGCUUUCCAUUUUGGAUGUUGCUUUGAGCAUAACCAUGCCAGGAAGGAGUGAUGAUGACGAGACAAUGAAUGAGGAUGAAGACAAUGAGCAAGGAAAGCCACACUCUUUACAGUCUCCUCGCUCUAAAAGCAAAAUGGUGCAGAUCCUUUAUUGGAGACCUCCUGCAGCUGAAGGUGGCAAUACUCUUUCUUUGAUUCGUGAGGUGGAGCGAUUGACAAGGAAGAAGGUGGAUGUGGUGAAUCGUAUGCGAGAUCAUUUGGAAUACAACGAACGUGCUCGAACUGAUUUCCAAAAGACGAUGCAACAAGAAGCUGGUUGGUCCGAAUUUGUGCCAUCUGGCAACGAUGAUGAAGCGACUACAAAGCAAGCUCAAGAUACCAAUAUCGAUAAAAGAAUACCGCAAAAGAGAGGACUAUUGAGCAAGCUGAGAUUAUGGAAAUCUAAAGGAGUGGAUCGACUUGCACGACGACAUCGGCGAAAGCAAGCUCGAAAGUCUUCAACAUCAUCUACUACACCCGCACCAACACCACCACCUAAAUCAACACGUCCUUCCGAUCCAUCCAUUCUUGAAGCUGAAAUGAUUGAGACACCAGUAGCAUCACCUGGAUUACGACCUCAAAAAUCAAAGGAUCUCAGUACUGGCAAAUCACCUCUUUCACCAUUACAAGCAUUUAUUCCUCCACGACCUACUCCACCCAGCAUCAAAGACUUUGAUAUCAUUAAACCCAUCAGCAAAGGUGCUUUUGGUUCGGUGUUCCUGGCAAAAAAGAGAUCGACCGGUGACUAUUAUGCGAUCAAGUUCCUGAAAAAGUCCGAUAUGAUUGCAAAGAACCAAGUCAUGAAUGUCAAGGCUGAACGCAUGAUCCUGAUGACACAAACGGAUAGUCCCUUUGUCACCAAGCUCUACUACACCUUCCAAUCCAAAGAUUAUCUCUAUCUGGUGCUUGAGUAUUUGAAUGGUGGCGAUUGUUCAGCCUUAGUCAAAGUCUUGGGAAGCCUUCCAGAGGAUUGGGCGCGUAAUUAUUUGGCAGAAGUGACCUUGGGAUUACAGUUUCUACAUGACAAGAAUGUCAUUCAUCGUGAUUUGAAACCUGAUAACCUCCUCAUUGAUCAAAAUGGUCACUUGAAGCUUACGGACUUUGGUCUUUCACGCAUUGGCUUUUUGAAUCGCCGGGUACGAGAUGAGCUCACCACCGCCAAUGCAGGUUUUGGAAAAGAGAUGGCACCACAACCUACUUCCCCAGCACCUUCACCUUCAGGAUCACAAGAUGAUGGCCCAACAACACCAACCAACAACAAUGGCAUAUACCGGCACUCGUAUUUCAGCUUGUUAUUUGAUGAUGAUCAAACGCCAUCACCCGUUGAACGGCAAACACCGCCACCAGGAAGGAUGGGAGGAGGGCUAUCAGAAUCAAGUACGCCAUCUCGUACCAAUACGGAGCCACCAGAGAUGCCAUUUGGUGCACCUGGCUAUAUGCAAGCGGAGCGCAAUGAUACCAUAAAGAAGGCUGUUGGCACACCCGAUUACCUUGCCCCUGAAAGUAUCCUUGGUACAAGUCAAGAUUCGAUGGUGGAUUGGUGGGCUCUUGGUGUUAUUUGCUAUGAGUUUUUGUAUGGUAUUCCACCUUUCAAUGCCGAGACACCCGACAAGGUGUUUGAAAACAUUUUAUCACGACGCAUCGAUUGGCAUGAGGAUGUGAUUACGGUGUCCCCCGAAGCACGCGAUUUUAUGGAACGACUUAUGACCCUUGAUCCUGAAAAGCGACUUGGUGCUAAUGGUGCUGAGGAAGUCAAGAACCACCCAUUCUUUAAAAGCAUCAAUUGGGAUACUUUGGUUACCGAAUCACCAGCCUUUGUACCGAAAACGGAUGAUAUGGAGGAUACAAUGUAUUUUGAUCAACGUGGAGCAACCAUGCCGGAGGACAAUACCAUUUCAAAUGCUCGUCCGCAAUUGGCCAAGGAUGAAAAGGAUCAAGUGGAAAGAGCCAAUGCUAUUAUUCAAGAGCAGAAUCCUGAAAAUGUGACACAAUUACAAGAUGGACAUCAGCAACGACAAAACAUUCAUUUGAGUGCGAUAUCAUUGAAUCAGGAACAAGAUGCUGUGGCUGAUGAGUUUGGUACCUUUGUCUACAAGAAUCUACCUGUGCUUGAAAAGGCCAAUGAGGAUGCCAUCCGGAAGAUCCGGCAUGAAAGCGGUGCUGCUGGUGACACAAGCAACAAGUCAUCUCCACAAAAAUCGAUUCCACGUCGCAAGUCAAGUACAGCUAUUGAUGCUCAGGGAUCAUUUACACCACCAGCACUUGUACCUUCAUCUUCAUCAUCGACACGAGGGGUCAAGACAAGACUCUCUAUGGAUGUUAUGCAAGCUCAGCAACCUGUCAUGGAAAAGUUAAAGUCGCAAGAGCAACGAUCACGAUCAGCAUCUUCACCUGGUGAGCGUAUUAUGGAUCGACCCUCACCUCCUGUAUCCUCCGAGUCGAGUGGUGGCACACCCAAACUCAAGCAGCUCAAUUGUUUGGUGGUGGAUGAUAAUCCCAUCAGCUGCAAGAUCUUGGAGACCAUUUUACAUACGUUGAAUUCUCGUUGUGUGAUUGCAAGGAAUGGUGCUCAAGCGAUUCGUAGUGCCAUGGGAGAUGUACGUUUUGAUAUCAUUUUCAUGGAUAUUCGUAUGCCAAUCAUUGAUGGUGAAGCAGCCGCACGCAUGAUUAAAUCGACCAACAAUAGUAAUCGAGAUACCCCCAUCAUUGCCGUUACCGCCUAUGAAAGAACAGUGCAAUUGGCAGGAGCCUUUGAUGAUAUUUUGAGCAAGCCAGUGACCAAAACCGUUAUCUAUGAGCGGCUUCAACAAUACUGCGGCUCUUGUUGUGUGGAACAACCUCCGCCACGACCACCCCUGUUUGCACAUUACUCAUCAAGUUCUUCGUUGUCAUCUACAAAAGCUAUCCUACCAGAAUAA